UCAACUUGAAGCAAAAAUGUCAAACAAGAAGAAGCCUGGCCAACUUAAAAGGCCUCCAUCAUUCUCGGACAUUUAUGGUUCUACAAAGCAGAUAAAAAUUUCGCCAGAAAAUGAAGAAGAAAAGGAUUUGAGAGUCUUAUUGGACCAAAGGAAAGAGCUUGGUCCGAGCAGAGAAUGCGAUAUCGAUAUGAGAGAAUCGCUGACUAGACGGAUCACACGACAGUUUCCAGGUGGAGGAUAUGACAAAAGUCACAAAACAGCCACAAAUGAUGCUUCGCUGUGUUUUCCAGUACCUAAAUCUACCAGUAUAGAUCGGCCUGGGAGGAAAAGAAAACGGGCAUCAUUCAAUCCACAUGAUUCAGAGGAAGAUGAAUAUAUUGCUACUAAACGACAACAAUUUGAUCAGAGAUUGACAGGAGCGUCACCUCACUAUUAUGAAAAGACAACAGCUAGCACACCACACUUUCAUUCUAUACAAGCAUCAAGCAAUAGUUCAAAAGAUCGUCACCCGUCAUCGGUACCAAGUUGGUGUGAUACAAUGGCGAAAUACUUAAAGCUAUCGGCAAAGGAUGUAGUUUCAUGUGAGUCAGUAUUGAAUGAUAUACACGAUUGCUUUGUUGAUUUAAUUCAUGAUAUUAAUGCUAAUGGUAUCCAUAACAAAGAGGGUAUGAUUUUAAAAGCAAUUAAAAUGUUAGCAAUUAUGUGUCAAAAUUUGACUAGCGAUGAUAUGAUAUCGAGAGACCACACAGAAGGUGCUCUAAGCUAUAAAUUAAAGAUUUUUGAUGACAUUUUUUUGCCAUUUUGGGCUACACUUGGAUCAUUCACACGUUCUCUUCCUUAUUAUAAAGUUAUUUCCAAAUUUGAUUUUAUUUCUUCACUGCAACAAGUUCUAAUGGCACUCCUUUAUAGCAAUGCCUUUCCUAUUCACAAAGUAGUUCAAUUUUUGCCACUUGAUGAUUUGCAUGGAGCUUUGAAGCAGCUCUGCGACAGUAGCUCUCGUGAUUUUAAAAUACUCUAUGAGCAGUCUUUGCAACUUUUAACUAAACGUGACAACUUAAGAAGUAGCCUCAUAAUGUCUAAUGCACAUGAUGAUACUUUUACUCUUUUGCCAAGUAGAAGUGACCUAAUGUCAACAUCAAUCCUGGUUAAAAAUAAACCUCAGUAUUCUUCUGAUUUUGAAUAUCUUGAAACCCAUUUUGAACUCCUACGCCAGGAUUUUAUUCGCCCUUUGUGCGAUGUGCUACGCAACCUUCAAGAGGAGAAUGAAGAAUAUUAUGAAGAUAACAAUGGUUAUAGUAGUGCUAUCACUUAUGAAAGCGUUCGAUUCAAUAAUAAAGAUGUUUGUGGUGGGGAUCUUGUCUACAAAAUCAAUUUUCAUCUACCCAAAGGAAAAAAAGUCAACUGGGAUCAUUCCAAGCGUUUAACGUAUGGUUCACUUCUCUGCCUUUCAAAUGAUAACUUCCACACUCUGUUAUUUGCCACUGUUGCUAAUCGUGAUGCUAAAGAAUUAAAGAGGGGUAUCAUUGCUGUGAAAGUGCUAGAUGCUAGUGUUGAACGUAUUAGUGAUUGUUUGAAGUACAAAAUGAUUGAAUCACCAGCAUACUUUGAGGCAUAUUCUUCAGUUGUUAAACAACUACAUGCCAUGAAGUCAAACCCAGAAAACAACUUACCAGAUUUGGCUAAAAAGUAUCUUGUCAAAGGUGAAGCAGUAGUUGAAAUGCCACUUUAUGCACAAAUUCAGACAAAUGAAGAAAGGCAUUAUAUUUUGGAUCUAAAAGGUGUCCUUUGUGAUUGUAAGACAAUUAGAGAAUGCCCUCAUGGCUACAAUAGUAUCAUUGUUUCCCAGACGAAAUUUACUGUAUCAGAAGCAGUGGAAGAAUUUCAAGUUGAAAUCAGCAAUAGUGAAGAUGAAAUGAGUGAUAAUGAAGAUGAAACAAGUUUAGUGGAUACUGUAGUACUUCCCAACUCAAGUUUGAAUUCUUCUAGUGAUUCUAGUGAUAAUGAAAUGGAAGAAUUUUUGACUCCAGUGGAUAAUUUUCAAGACUCUCAGCAGUCAAAACCUCCUUUCGCUGAAAAACUUGAUGAGUCUCAGGUAGCUGCCUUGAGACUAGCACUGUCAUCUGAAGUUGCUCUUAUUCAGGGUCCUCCUGGAACUGGCAAAACUUUUAUUGGAGUACAGUUUGUGAAGGCCAUGCUUCAAAAUAGACGAAAAUGGAAUUCAGAAAAAUCAGUACCAAUACUUGUCAUGUGUCAAACUAACCACGCUCUAGACCAAUUCCUAGAAGAAAUCUUGGACUUAAAAAUAAGUAAAAAUCUUGUGCGAAUUGGUGGAAGAUCAAAGAGUGAGAGAAUAUCCAAUGAGAAGCUCAAUAUUAGAGAUAAAAAACGACAGAUUCGACUUUACAGAAAAUUUAUUGUGCCAAGAAGGCGGUCACAGCAAGCUGAAUCUAUUAUUUUUCCUAGCCUAUUUUUUCGUAAAGAAGAUUUGACUCUUAUAAAAUGUAAAUAUGAUGCACUUGAAGAGCUUUGCUAUAAAGGCCUGCCUUAUAAUGAGCUUAAUAAGAUGUUAUAUUAUUCAUUUCUCCAUCCAAAACAACUCUUUAGCUGUACUAGUGACUGUGCCAUACAUGAUUAUAUUAAAGGCAUGAGAAGUAUUGAAGAUAUUCUCCAGUGGCUGGGCAUAGAAAGUAAUUCCCCAAAAACUCCAAAAAAAUCCCCUUGUUUUUUGACAGAUUUUUAUACAGAUUCUGAGGAAGAUGAACGUAAAAUUGAUGCAGAUGAAGAUAGAAAUGCAGAACUUGAAGGAGAAGAAGUAUUAAGUGCAGCAAAAAAUAAAAGAGAUUUAGUAAACUUUUUUAAAAAGCUACAACGAUCAGAUCCAGAUGAAGCUAGAGUUCAGCGAUACCAAAACCAGUUACGACUUGAUCAAAAACGGGACUUAUUGAAAAUGUGUUUAAGAAACCAAUGUAGGCACCUUAGACAAGAACUUCGUAUCCUUCAAGAAAAAAAGAAAAAGUUUGAAGAUGAAGAUGAUGCCAUUACUCUUCAAGCACUGAAAGAAGCAGAUAUUGUAGGGGUGACCACUACUGGUGCCUCAAUGAACAUUAAGGUGUUGCAAAAAGUUCGCUCAAAAAUAGUAGUAGUAGAGGAAGCAGCGGAAGUAAUGGAAGGGCACAUUGUAGCUGCUUUGACAAAGCACAUUCAGCACCUUGUUUUGAUUGGUGAUCACAAACAACUACGUCCAAAAGCCAAUGAUUUUACUAUAGGAAGAAAGCAUGGUCUUGAGAUUUCACUUUUUGAACGUCUCAUUAAGAAUGGUUUGUCAUCUGUUCAGUUAAAAUAUCAACAUCGAAUGAGACCAGAAAUUGCCAAGUUAGUUUGUCCUCAUAUAUACCGGGAGCUUUUAGACCAUCAGAAAGUCCUAAAUUAUGAGCCAGUUAAAGGUAUCAAAACAAAUAUGUUCUUUGUCAGUCAUACUUUUUCUGAACAGCCAAUGGAAGGUUUGAUGAGUCCUGCAAACAGUCAUGAAGCAGAUUUUGUAGUGCGUUUGGCCAAAUAUCUUCUCACUCAAGGCUAUAAGCCAGAUCAAUUAACCAUACUCACUCCUUACACAGGGCAAGUUGCGUGCAUUAAAGAGCGUAUGAAAACUUUUUCUUUUGAAUCUUCUCCUCGUAUUGUUCCAAUUGAUAACUUUCAAGGAGAAGAAAAUGAUAUUGUAAUCCUUUCCUUGGUUCGCUCUGUCAAGUCCGGUUUUAUGAAGGAAGAAAAUCGUAUUUGUGUUGCUUUAUCUCGUGCUAAGAAAGGAUUGUAUGUCAUUGGUAAUUUUGAGCUUUUCACAAAAGAAUCACGAACAUGGAAGACAAUUAUUAAUAGCCUAGACAGUAAUUUUUUUGGAUUUUCACUUCCUCUUCAAUGUCAUUUGCAUAAAACAAUUACUGAUGUAAAACUUCCUGUGGAUUUUGACAAAGUAAAAGACGGUGGUUGUUUGGAACUGUGUUGCUAUCGAAUGGCUUGUGGGCAUGUGUGUCCUAGACGCUGUCAUCCAGAUGACUUGGAGCAUAAGCAGAAAUGUUUAAAACAAUGCAGUCGCAAAAUUUGCUCUUUUGAUCAUCCUUGUCCAAGACUGUGUUCUGAAAAGUGUCCACCAUGCAAAGAGUUAGUAUUAAAGAUCAUACCUUCUUGCAAUCAUCAGCAGUUAGUUCCUUGUCAUUGGUCACCAAAUCUCUUCACCUGCCUAGAAGAAUGCAUUAAAAUGCUGGAGUGUGGUCACAGAUGUAAAAGAAGAUGUGGAGAAAAGUGUACUAAUUAUCAGUGUCGUGAGCUAGUAAUGAAAAUGUUACCAUGUGGCCAUGAAGCUCAAACAGAGUGUUUCCGUGAACCUAAAGAUUAUAUGAGACGAUGCAAAAUACCAUGUAAUGUAGAACUGGCUUGUGGGCAUUUGUGCCGAGGAACAUGUGGUGAAUGUAACCAAGGUAGGCUCCAUAUUCCUUGUAAAGAAAAGUGCACACGUAUUCUAUUAUGUGGUCACAAAUGCUCUUCAAAUAAUUGUGCCAGUGAUUGCCCUCCCUGUCGAUUAAAUUGUCCUAGUUCAUGUAUUCAUGGGCCAUGUGGCCAUAAAUGUACUUCUUCAUGCAUCCCUUGUGCUGAGCCUUGUGAAUGGCAGUGCCCUCAUCACAAAUGUACUAAAAUAUGUGGUGAUAUCUGCGAUAGGCCUCGCUGUAAUGAGCCCUGUCAGCUCAAGUUACAAUGUGGACAUCCCUGUUUAGGCCUGUGCCAUGAGCCUUGUCCACCAGUUUGUAGAGUGUGUGAUCCAAAAAAUGAAGCUUUUAGUAUUUUUUUGGGUAAUGAAAGUGAGCCAGAGUCUCGUUUUAUAAUGCCAAUAGAGUGCUCUCAUAUUUUUGAAGUAUCUGAUCUUGAUACCUAUAUGGAUAUGAAUGAUGAUCAUAAUGCUGUCCAGUGGAAACGUUGUCCACGUUGCAGUACAAAUAUUACAAAAAGCCUUCGUUAUGGUAAUGUUAUCAAGAAAAUCAAAACAGACAUGAAUGCUAUUAAAAUGAAGGAAUUUCAAACAUUAAAUGGUUUUGAUCGUGAUAAAAUGAAGAGGGAUAUUUUAGGAUGGAAUGAUAAAAUUAAAUAUUGUAACAUUCGUCACAUUAAUGAUUUACCUGAUGUAACUUUACAAUCUUUGCAUACACUCCUUUCUUCUGCAACUGAGUGUGUUGAAUUGCUACAAAUGUUUGAUACUGGCUCUGAUUGUAGUGAUAUUAUUUGCAUUUCCAAGCAAAUCAGUAGGCUACAGAGUUUUUUGAGAUCUCACCGUGUUAAAAAUUUGCAGUGUUUACCACAGCAAGUCAUCAAUGAUAUUCAGUGUGAGAUUAGACGAUUUCAUUUUCUGAGAAAGUUUUUUGAAGUUGACAUAAAACCAAAAUCAUCUCUAGUGCAUUAUAAAUGGAUUACAUAUGAAAGACAAAUUGAGGAGCUGAAUCUAACAAGCUAUAAACCAAAUUUGAAAAUGACAGAGGAAAUAUAUAAAGAAAAAUGUGAAAAUCUGUCUUGGUUUUGUAGAGAAAACGGCCUUGAUGCACCAACACCUGAGGAAAUAAGGCAAAUUGUAGCUGCCAUGGGUGGUAGGAAAGGAUCAUGGUACAAGUGUCCUAAUGGACACUACUACCAUAUUGGAGAGUGUGGAGGAGCAAUGCAAGUAGGAAAAUGCAUCGAAUGUGAUGCUCAAGUUGGAGGAAGUAGUCAUCGUUUACUGGAUGACAAUCAGCACGCUGGAGAAAUGGAUGAUUCUCGGUUUGCAGCUUGGGGCCAGGAAGCUAACCUUAAUAAUUAUGACUUGAAUGAUGUUUUGUGAAAUAAUUAUUAUAAUGUUAUUGUUGAGUCUAUAUUAGUAAAU